UUCAUUUCUAAACAGCCUGCAUGGUGAUCGGAUGCGCUUCCUGCGCUCCAACACCUCAGACCACGUGACCAGCAGGCGCACAAAGCACAGCCAUAUAACCGCGAGGGCGCUCCCAAACAGACUCACACCUCUCCGGCUGCCUCCGACACUCACGGGAUUCCUAACCAGGCAGAUCAUCACAACAACUCAAAUUUCUGUCUCGCGUUCAUUGUUCUAAGACUUCAAACUUUUUUUAUUUUCUAAAUAUUUAGUUUUUUCGCGGGAUGGACUGGUCCAGGAUAUCUGUAGCGACUCAAUAAAGCCACUCAGCAGCCAUGAAGCUGGCUGCACACCGGAUCGCAGGCACAACGAUGAGCACACUAACAACAGGUGUCCAGUAUCUCGGCUCCAACGAUGCCAGCUACGACGACCCCUCCGCUGACUCCAGCCUGGUUAAGAAUAGAUUCCACUUUGAGAAACCGUACUCUGCCUCCAUCAGCAGCUCCGUUCCUGAACUCAUCCCAGGGAAUAAGGAGGUCAUUUUCACAGCGCUUUCUCCCAUUUUUCCCACCAACGUGUCAGACUUUGUCCUGGAUAACGCCACCUCCGUGGAGAACAGUGGAGCUGCACAGUGCACUGAGGACUUUGUGGACAACUUGGAGUGCUUUAUGAUCCUCACUCCCGGUCAACAGCUCGCCAUCGUCAUCUUAGCGCUCACCCUGGGAACUUUUACGGUGCUGGAAAACCUCAUGGUGCUGUGUGUGAUCCUUCACGCUCAGACUCUUCGAUCCAGGCCCUCCUAUCACUUCAUAGGCAGCCUGGCUGUGGCCGAUCUGAUAGGAAGCAUCAUUUUUGUUUACAGUUUCUUGGAUUUUCAUGUCCUCCACAGGAAGGACACGCCAAAUGUUUUCCUCUUCAAGCUGGCAGGAGUCAUCGCCUCCUUCACGGCCUCUGUGGGCAGCUUGUUUCUCACCGCCAUUGAUCGCUACAUCUCCAUCCACAGGCCCAUGGCGUACAAGCGCAUCGUUACAAAGACUAAGGCGGUAAUCGCUUUCAGUUUGAUGUGGUCCAUCUCCAUCGUCAUCUCGCUGCUGCCGCUGCUCGGCUGGAACUGCAAGCGUCUGGGCUCGGUCUGCUCCGACAUCUUCCCUCUGAUCGACCAGAAGUACCUGAUGUUCUGGAUUGGAAUUACAAGCAUCCUGCUGCUGUUCAUCAUCUACGCCUACAUGUUCAUCCUCUGGAAGUCUCACCAUCACGCCGUCCGCAUGCUGAGCCGCAGCUCUCAGAGGAGCAUGAUUGUCUACACGGCAGAGGGGGCAAAGGUGCAGACGGUGAGGCCCGAGCAGGCCAGGAUGGACCUCCGUCUGGCUAAGACCCUGGUCCUGAUCCUGGUGGCUCUCAUCAUCUGUUGGGGCCCGCUCCUAGCCAUCAUGGUGUACGACCUCUUUGGGAAAGUGAACGACUUCAUCAAGACCGUGUUCGCCUUUUGCAGCAUGCUGUGCCUGCUCAACUCCACUGUGAACCCGAUCAUUUACGCCAUGAGGAGCAAGGACCUUAGGAGGGCUUUCAUCAACAUCUGUCACAUGUGGCGAGGAGGGACGCAGACUCUGGACUACAGCACUGAGAGCGACUGGAACAGCAGGAGUGUGAGGGCGGCAGCAGGUGGGGUGGGGAAAGAUGGAAGUGUUUGUAGAAAGACCCAAGUAAAAGUGGCCCAGGUCACCAUAUCUGGAGGUACAGAUACUUCCACGGCAGAGCCUGUCUGAAAAACAUAGUGCUGCAAAAGUGUGAAGAACUGGAAAUUUAGUUGAGUUUGUUAACAGAAGAGUUUUGUUACUGUGAAAUGUGCCAAAAUAACUUAGGUGCAGUGUGGAACUGCAGGGAUUUAAUGAGAACUUAUUGUUAAAACUUGAGAUAAACAGGAUGAGUUUUGAUUGUAUUGUGGAUUGUCUGAUCUUAUUCAGUACUUUUUUCCCUCCACCAACCUAUCCUCAUGUAAUUCCUUCUCAUCUAUUAAGGUAGCGCGACUCGUGUUGCGAAUGACCACAGUCACCAAUUCUUGUCAUGUGUCUUGCCCAUGUAUGUCUGAUCUCUGAAUUGUGUGUACUGAAACUCAAUUUCAUUUCUCUGUAUGUCUUGCACAUGUGGUAGAAAUGACAAUAAAAUGACUUUGACUUGACUUUUGAUAAAAUGCAUAUUUCUAAAACAUUUUGCUCAGUAAUUAUUUUCUUUUUUUUUCUGGGACAACUUUCAAAAAUGUAAUCUUUUUUAUUUGAAAAUGCAGGUUUUUUUUUUCCUUUUAACAAACACAAAAAAUAGCCUUUUGUGAUUAUUUUGUAACAUAAUAUGAGCAAUCUUGUGCCGGUGAUUUAAGACAAACCCAUGCACCAUAUUCAGUGUGAGAAAAUAUGCUUGUAAAUAAAAGUAGCUUGUCGCUAGUGGUGAAUUGUACAGUGUCAUUAUCAAAUGUAAAGACCAUAGAAUUGUAAAAUUUGGCCACAACUAUUUUGUAUGGAUAUCGUCUUAUUUAUUUAUUUAUUUUAUUAUAUUUGAACUAAUUCUCUUUAUCUAAUAAUUUUUAAGUGUGAUAUUUUAUAAUUCUGCAUGGUUUUGCUUUUUAAAUUUGCUUUUAUUACAUGUAAUACAGCCAUAUUUUGUGAAAUGUGCCAUUUUGUCACUUUACUGACAUGUGCUUAGUAAACAUGUCAAUCUAUUUUUGUCAAACUGUCUGGUAAUUUUUCCACAAUAAAAUAAAUAAGCCCCCACUUUUAA